GGUCCAGGUGCUCCAGCCAACCGUGUGCUCAGACGUUCAUCAGAAGAAGAUAGUGGGCCGGAGGAAAGUGUGCGUGUGGGGUAUCGCGAAGGGCAGGGCGCGAUCACAGACGGGUUAUUGUUCUGAUUUAACCGCUGCCUCCUCGCGAUCUCCUCGAGUCUUCACUCGCAUCCCAUGGGCUUGGAAAAUACCGUGCUUCUGAGAUACAGCUGAACUCCCUGCGUGUAUAAUGUUCAAGAAGAGCAAGAGCAAAGUUCUGGUGGAUGAAGCGUCAGAGGAGGACGACGUGGCGUGGCAUCACGAGCACGCGAGGAAGGAUAAAGACUCUGAGGGAACAGAGGAAGUUCUGAGCCCCUCAACAAAGGAUUCAAAAUUAAAGAAGGUUAAAUCAAAGCGAGAAAAAGGAGACAAGAAGUUGUUUCCAUCUCAGGACGAUGAACACAUCUUGCUGACAGGAGUCACUGUCUCUCACAGAAGAGGGUCUGCUAAGAAAAACUGUGAGGAUGAAAAGAGUAAAGCACACCCAGAAAAAGACAAAGCACACUGUCUGUGGGACAGCAUCACGAUGACGAUGAAGCAAAUCACACCCACGAGGAAGAUCGACAAGAUUGAGGGCUGGGAGCCGCCUCAGCUGAACGAUGGAAUGGAGGAGGAAAAAAAUGAGCCGGAGAAGAAGAGGAGCGACUCAUCCCCGCUCUCCUCCCCUCUGUCACUGUCUCUGCCGCAUUCUCUGGGUUUGCCGUCCUGGGUUGGCUUGGGUUCGGAGGAGGACUCGUCUCGUUACUCUAGUCUGACUGAAUCACAGACGGGCGGCCCUGCCCAGUGGGCAGCUCGGGCACGAGAUAAAUUAGCCGCCGUUCGCCGCCGAAGUCCAGCCAGCCUAUCAGAAAGUAAUUGGGAGGGGCUAAAAUGAUUUACGUAUUAAUGUCUGUGAGGAUGGCCACACCCCCGUGUAUACCAACUCUAAUUGGACAGCCCACCGAUGUGAAGAGUAGGACCCUCAGACCAAGAGUGCCUGAUUGAAUGAUUUAUUGUCACUUUUCCAUUUGAUAUAAAAUGCGUGUCCAACUUUUGAAUGGAGCUCCUUCAGAGAAAUCACUGGAUGUACUCAUAGUUAAUCACCAUGCUGUUUAGUACAUUACUUUUAAAGGCUAUAAAAGACAUUUAAACACUCAAAGGGAGAGUUCAACCAAAAAUGAAAAUCAUUUAUUCACCCUCAUGU